GCGAAAUUAGUAUCAAUUAUUUGAUCGACUCUGUGAUUCUAACUACAAUCAUUGGAUAUUACUCCGUACUUCUUUUGAAUUCAAUUACUACACGUGUGUGGAUUGCGUUUGUUUACAUCCACAACACCUCCUCCCAAACCAUGGCUCUCCACAGUACAGCUGAGGAAAUGGAACACCUCCAGCUCUCUGAAGAAGACACUGAAGACCUCUGGGACUCCCCUUCGAAGCGUGGGAAAAAGAAAUCAACACGGAAGCAGAUCAAGCAAGAGAGCUCGCCUGUCGAACCUCGACCCGACCGUGAUGAAGAGACUCUUUUUGAUCGUCAGGAAGCCCGGGAAGCGGCCCUCCGCCACGAGCUCCAAAGUGUUCGGAAUAUCAACGAAGUGAUUGAAAGCCUACUCGGAAGCCUGGACCGUGCAAAAGGAAACAUGGAGACCGUGUCGCGCACCGUAAACUCGGCCUCAACCCUACUCAAUACCUGGACCCGAAUUCUGUCCCAAACCGAACACAACCAACGACUGAUUCUCAACUCCAACUGGCAAGGGGCUGUGCAAGAUGUGGCCGACAUGGAGAACGAAGAACUCCUCAAACAGCAAGCUGCAGAACGUCGAGAAAGGGAGCUUCAGCAACAGAGAGAAGCUGCUGCCCGAAAAGCAGAGGAGGAGGACAGGAAGAGAGCACAGUCGACAAGUACUAGGGGCACACGCGGGGGGACCAGGGGGGGAACUCGCGGUGCACUGGGAAAGACACCCAGUAUUUCCUACUCCGGAACCAGCACCAGCAGAACGAGGAGUACCACGACAUCAUCCACAUCCAGCGGGAAACCGUCUACUACAACCACUACAAGGAGACCAGUCAGUGGCAUCGCGCGAGGCUCUGGGGUGACACGAGGCCGAGGCCGAGCAUAGGGUAAAAUAGCUGAAUAAAGGCACCUUUUUUUUUUUUUUUUUUU